AUGAAGUCGUUCUUCAAGACAUGGAAGAGGAAAGACAAAGACUCACCCAAAUCCCCAAAACCCAUAUCCUCUCAGAUAUCGAGUGUGGACAGCGACCACGGUCAUCGUAGACUGGUAGUGCCCGACUCCUCUCACUGGUCAUCCGCGUCUCCCACACCAUCAUCUCAGUCAUCCUCGUCGUCUGUGUCCGCCUCCCACCCACUGUCACGAAGAACCGAGGUGAGCGCAUCUUCAUCCAAGGAUGCCUUCGUUGAGGACGCUCUCCACUAUCGCAAGACGCCCGACCGAUCGUCGCCCGACCACCCCUCGCGCUAUCCUUCUCAUUCCCACCACCCGUACGGUGACCUCCCACGCGUCGCGCUACUUCCCCCGUUCAUCAGUCGUCACGGGGCACCUCAAAACAAUGUGCAUGGUCCUCCUCGCAAUGCAAAGCAUGGCCCACCGAAUGUUCUUCAAGCACAACUCUCGUCGAUAAACGCAGCGAAGAAAGGCGAUGUCGGGACGCGGAGCCCGCAUCCCAAUCAGCCUUCCACAUUUCUUGGGCAAUUGUCACCGCACCGCCAAGGUGCAGACGCACUCCCAGAACCUCCCAAUCAGAGAACACGCACUCCGACUCGUGUUAAAUUCGAUUCUUCGGUGGAGGUACUCGCGACGAGGACCUCAAGGGUAUCUCUCACAGAAAGACGGCCCCCGCAAAUACAUUCCUCGAAAGUAAAAUGCAAUAACAAUCAGGCCUCGCACAGUGUCAGCAAACACGCUGGUAGCGGUCGAGUUGACGACCAGCGGCCAAGUAACGGACGGCCACAACGUUCAGACGAAGAUGAAACAUCGAACUCCACGGAGCAAGCGACGACGACACCUCCAAAAGGGCUCAAACUCUAUCACUCGAGCCAGUCAUCUCCGCAUCUUCCGGCCAGGGUCGAACGCAGGCCCCCCGAGCAGGAGGACUUGUGCGCUCUGUUCCCCAGCCCUCCGCCACUGAUUAUACGGAAAAAAGUCCCCCAACCACUCGUUUUACAACCUCGGAGCCCCCCUUCAACGGUUGCUUUCCCUCCUUCACCAAACCCCAGUUCAACUGAUUCGACCCCGGUUUCGACACCCACCUCGCCUAAACAAUUUCCUACCUCGACACCCACGCAAUCUCCUCUUCUCAAAGCUUCCUUCGUACGCCAUGGGAAUGCGGUUCCACCGCCACUAUACGACCCACCAACGUCUCCACUUCCCUCACCUCCCGUGAACCCACAAUCAACGGCAUAUGUUCCACGGAAACCCACGUAUUCCUUGCAAGGCCGGGCCCAUUUACGCGGAACUAUGUCGACAAGCAGCCUACGAGGGGCUGGCGGCUCAAAUCACCCCACGCAUCGCAUGACGUCCAGUGAUCCGAUGGCCGAAGUCCUGCAGCAAUUGACAAAAAGCAAACCACCUCGCGCCUCAGAAUCCUCCCGCUCGUCUCCAGACCCCCCAGUUCAAUGGGGCUAUGCGCUCUGA